UUGGUAAACAAAAUAAUCCUAUCUUCUUCUAUUUUAGCUAUUUUUCUUGCUCUUGUUGCUAUCAACAAUCUGAUUAAUUAUUCGGUUUCCAUGUGAAAAUUUUUCUAUAUAUAAAUGGAUGAACAAGAGUCUGACUUAUCCAUACCACCUUCUCGGUUAUCAUUUAAAAAGUGGUUUCUACUCUCAACCGGAAUCCUUCUAGCUGCAAUUUCUAUUCCUUUGUUGUUUAAUACUGACAAUUAUAUUAAACGUUUAAACAGUGAAAUGGUGAGCAUAAGAUUGUUUAGUAAAUCAUUGUUGUGGCCAUCAGUAACACUUGGCCUUUUGACAUCUCAACGUGUUUUUGCUUCUUCAAUGACUGAAAAUUGGAAAAAUGCUGAAACUGUCUAUGAAUUCGAAGCUACCGACUUGGAUGGUGCUCCAGUGUCCAUGGAUAAAUACAAAGACAAGGUUUUGAUUGUGGUAAAUGUUGCUACAUACUGUGGCCUAACUCGAGCCAACUACGCUCAACUGAAUGACAUUUACAAUGAAUACAAGGAUAGAGGUCUUGAAAUUGCUGGAUUUCCUUGUAACCAAUUCGGUAAUCAAGAACCUGGAUGUUCCGUUGACAUAAAGGAAUUUUUGUUAAAAAAUAAAGUUACAUGGGAUGUUUAUGAUAAAGUUGAUGUAAAUGGAAAAGAUGCUCAUCCUCUCUGGAAAUGGCUGCAGCACAAGAAAGGAGGUUUCAUCACUAACGGAAUCAAAUGGAAUUUCACUAAAUUCUUGAUUGAUCGUAAAGGAAAUCCAGUUAAACGUUAUGCUCCAACAGAUGAGCCUAAGACUUUCGUCACAGAUAUUGAGGCGGAAUUGGCCAAAUAAUCAAACCCAUACUCUGUCUAUUAGCUGCGGCUUGGUCAUUUGUAAUCAUGCAUACAUAUUUACCCCAUUUUUUGUUGCAGCACAUUUCACCUUAAAAUUAUAAAACAAGAAAUUUACUAGUUAAAUGUAAAACUACCCAAUAUUCAUAAAAUUUAAAAUAUGCUGACAAUUUAUCGUUUAAUUGUUCUAAAACAAUGUUAAAAUCUUUUCAAUCUCUAAUAAAUGAAUUAAAAACAUUUAAA